UCCUAAUAUGACGGGACGCGGUAAAGGAGGAAAAGGGCUUGGCAAAGGAGGCGCUAAACGUCAUCGUAAGGUGUUGCGUGAUAACAUCCAAGGAAUAACCAAGCCUGCCAUUCGUCGGUUGGCCCGUCGUGGUGGAGUGAAACGUAUCUCCGGUUUGAUCUACGAAGAAACACGUGGCGUGCUGAAAGUGUUCCUGGAAAACGUGAUCCGCGACGCCGUGACGUACACCGAACACGCCAAGAGGAAAACAGUCACCGCCAUGGAUGUUGUUUACGCGCUGAAACGACAGGGCCGUACGCUUUACGGAUUCGGAGGUUAAUCAAUGCACGCAAAAUUCCAACUUAGUUU